ACAUGGCGCCGUAGGGACGUUGUUAUUGUUCCGUCGCUUCUUCAACCUCUCGCAGUACGACGAACUACGCAGAUAAACGGCCGAGCGUGUUCGUGCGGUUAUGAUAGGAACGUCUCGAGAUAAUGCUAAGAUCUACCGGCUUCUUCCGAGGGCUUGACUGCCCAUUUUACACGGAAUACAGCGAGGGAAAAGGCAGCAGAAAUGGGUGUAACAGACCGUACUGUCACUUCAGGCACAGCCAGCAGAGACGGGCGUCCUACGGAGCUCCAGCAGAUGUUAAAAAGCAAAGAGACCUCCACUCCGCACAUAAAGAACAAGGUUAUGAUCCCUUCAACCCAGAAGUGGUGAGGCCCCAGGAGCAGCAGAAUGGAAAGCAGGCUGCUUCAGGAGACCUAGUGGUGCAGCUGGAUCUGGUCAACAAGGCCAUCGAGGAGGUCCGCAGCGAGGUGGAGAGGGAGAAAAGGAAGCUCUCUCGCAUUGGGGAUGAACCGUACGAGCCCAGCGGGAGUAAAAAGUUGUCUUCGUCUGUUGCUGUUAAAAGUAAAACACCACCUUCACACAUGGCUUAUGACCCUGGGAGUUACCAGAUGUCAUCAGGAGGUUAUAAUCCUACCCCUGGCUGCAGCAAGUAUACCUUGGAUUCAGACAACCAGGGGAACAAUAGUAACUCCAUGGAAUAUGUUCCUACUUCAGUGAGAAAGCCUCGAUCUCGGACACACACACACCAACUCCCCUCUCCUCCCUCCAGUCCAAAGUACUCAAACAGCACAUCGUCCUCUAAGUGUAAAUACACUGUGGACAAUUCAAAACCAUCAACAGAUAUGGAGUAUGACCCGAUGUCCAAUUACUCGGCAGGAAUCGCAGCAAAAAGUAGGAGGCAGCGGGGUGCACAAGCUGUAAAGACGGAGCGGGGAAGGACACACAAACUAUCAGAUAUAUCAGACGAGGAGUAUGUCGUAGCUGUUAAAAAGCCACGGCAGCAGAGUAUAGACUCAAAAAAGUACACUUUCUCUGAAUCUGAUGAGGAGAGCUCUGGAACAGAGUAUCGACCCACCUCGCUUAGCAAUCUCCAGCAGAGAAAAAGCAACAGCGGGUCACUUUGGGAUGCUGUGGGGAAGGAGAGAAAAGAGAGAACAGAAAGUUUGCUAAAUGCACUGACACAGAGGAACAAAGAGGACAUGGCAGGGGACUCAGACGUCCAGGAAGAUAUUAAACAAAAGGACAGUUUAGAGAAAAAGAAGGUGACUAGUCGAAGUAGUCACGAGAAAAGUGGCAAAUCUGAGAAAGUGAAUACAUUUGUUAAGGAGUCUAACAAAACAACUAGUAGUAAGAGUAGUAGCAGCAGCAGUAAAGACAAAGGGUCCAUAAAGAACUCAAACCAGGACUCUGCAAAGAAGGAGAACAAGAGUCAUGGAAAAAGAGACGAUAUGAAAAACACGGUAAAGAUUAAGAUAUCUGAUAAAGUUCAGAUGGAAGGCAGAGACGAAAAGAGAAGUGAUGGUAAGAUCAAAGUUGCGGAAAAAGUAAAAACGGACUCAAGCAAACGAGAAAAAGAUACCGAAAAUGGUGCAAGGGAAAGCAAGAAACCCAAAAUAUCAGAGAAGGAAAAGGAACACAGCAAGUAUAAGGACCGCCAACACAAAAAUGGUAAGCUUGAUAGCAGUAAAAAAGAAAAGGAUGCAAAGAAAAUUAGUAAAAGCAGUUCUAUUGGCGGAAACCGUAGUAACAGUAAAGGGACUUCUGCAGUGAACAGUAAAGAUGAGGUGAAGCAAAGCAUCGGCUCAUCAAAUGGGAAAAGACUUAAGGAAAAACGGCGAAGUCUGAGUCUUAGCCACGCUGAUCUGUUCGGAGAUGAGAGCCCAGAGGAGGUCAAAACAAUUAUGGUGGAUGAUGAUGAUGACGACGAUGAAGAACCCGAAGAAGUGCUGGUGAGAAAAUCUGCUGAUGCUUUAAAGAGGGGACGUCUGAACAAGAGAAAAGCGUCAGAGCGGACUCCGUCUUCCUCUGACGAUGAGGGUGACUGUGUUAUGGAGGGCAGCGGAGCAGGUGUCGAUGAUGUUGGAAUCGACUUCUCUACUUUCCAGGACGAUCUGGACUUUGACUCAGAUCCCAUGGAGGAGUGUUUGCGGAUCUUCAAUGAAUCCAAGGAUGUGAAGACGGAAGACAAGGGGAGGCAGGCUAAACAGCCCUCUAGGGAUUCGGAGGAGGAGAGAAGCACAGAGAGCACUUUAACCUCUCUCUUUCCCGGUCAAAAGAAGAGAGUCUCCCAUUUUGUUGCCAAAGGAAGUAGUGACGCACCUUCUCCGACUGUUCGGCCGUACAGAAGACUCUCAGCCCAGGAGGUUUGCUACCAGCGUAUGCAGAUGGCGCAGCAGCAAGCUGCUCAGCUCUCUGCUUCAGUCAAAGCUGCCUCAAAGAGGUCCAGCCCCGGCUUUUCUGGAGAGAAAAAGAGAAUAGCGCACCGUCCCGGUCCACAGACAACAUCCUCCAAAACAAGUCCUGCAGAUGUUAAACCAGCUGCCAGUCGAGUGCUAUCCCCCAGCCAGACCCAUCAGACUGUCAAGCCCCAAACCAUCGCUGGCAUCUUGCCCAAGACCGUGUCCACUGCCACGCAGAAGAGAGUGGCACACAUGCCCACCAUGAAGAGCAGUUCAAUGAAGCGCCCCAUCAUCCCUAUUGAGUUUGGGGCCAAAGUUCCCAACAACGUCCGCCAGCGCUACCUCAACACUUUCAUAGAUGAAUGUGUCAAAUUUUGCCCAUCAAAGGACGUUGCCUUCCAGAUGGCCCUUGACGAGGAGAAGCUGGUGUAUGAUCGCAGCAGCAGCAAGAACAUCUACCUCAACGUAGCUGUCAACACUCUGACGAAGCUCCGCAGCAAGAUCAGCUCUUGUCCAUCGCCUGUCACCAAGGACCCGGGGUUAGUUGUCACCAGGAGGGUUCUGUCCCACGAGGAACUUCUCGGAGGUCGUCAUGCUGCUACAACCAGCUUCACUAUCAACAGGAUGGGUAAACAGCAGGAAGAGAAACUCAUCGGAGCCACACUGUACAGGAAGCUGACUGCGUACCUGAUGACGGAGGAGCAGCUUCAGGAGCACGGAUACCCGAGAACAAACCCCGAGGCUGCCGGCAAAGCCAUCAUGUACAACCUCCCAGAGAAAAAGGCCAUCACAGACCCAUUCAACAAGGUAUGCUGUCGAUGUGGAGCGGAGUAUAAGAUCAAUGCCAAUGGCAACUGUGUACGGAAAGAAGAAUGUAGCUUUCACUGGGGACGAUUACGCAGACAUAAAGUCUCUGGAGGCUGGGAGACCAACUACAGCUGCUGCGCUGCGACUGUUGGCGCUCCAGGUUGCCAAGUUUGCAAGCAACAUGUUCAGGACGGGCGUAAAGAGACAUUUGAUGGCUACGUCACAACGUUUAGUAAAGCUCUACCACCAGACGGCAAUGGAGGAGUGUUUGCUUUGGACUGUGAGAUGUGUUACACAAGGCAGGGCCUGGAGCUGACGAGGGUGACGGUCAUCGACUCUGAGAUGAAAGUCAUCUACGAUACAUUUGUCAAACCUGAAAGCAAAGUGGUCGAUUACAACACGCGAUUUUCAGGUGUAACGGAGGAGGACUUGGAGAACGCCACCAUCACUCUGAGAGAUGUCCAGGCCGUGCUGCUCAGUAUGUUCGGUGCUGAAUCCAUCCUCAUAGGACACAGUCUGGAGAGCGACCUGCUCGCUCUGAAGCUGAUCCACAGUACAGUUGUAGACACGGCCAUUGUGUUCCCUCACCGCAUCGGCUUGCCCUACAAACGUGCCUUGAGGAACCUCAUGGCCGACCACCUCAAACGCAUCAUCCAGGACAACGUGGAGGGCCACGACUCGAGCGAAGACGCGUCUGCCUGCUUGGAGCUGAUGAUGUGGAAGAUCAAGGAGGAUGCCAAGGUCAAAAGAUGACCUUUGACCCCUCUGCUCCACUUUCCUCAGUUCAACUUCCUGCCUUCACGUUGGUGUCAGGGAGACAGAGAAGUUCAGGAGGCCUGCACACGCUCUCAGAGAGUUAAGGUCACAGUGUCGGGGGGAGGGAUGCUUCAGCACAGUUGGAAGUUUGUUGUUGCUGCCCGCUGUGCUGAAUAAGAGAACUGCCAGUCCCUUCAAAGCAAUAGGAGCCCAAAUUAACAGUGUUUAUUUGCUUAUUGGUAUUUCAGUUCUAAAUAUAGUUAAUUAAAAUGUAUUUCUGUUUAUUUUGAGCAGUGUCUCUUUUAAGGCCUCAAACAAUUCAUGAAUAAAACCCUUUCUAUAGAAGAACAACUUUAAAUGCCGGGGCAGUGUCCGCUGAACAAUGAUGAAUAAUAUGAUAUUAUGCCAGGCUGUGUCUUCAGCCUAAAUUGCACUAUAGAAAUGCUCUUGUUGUAUAGGGCCCAAGUCUAUGAGUACCUCAUCUGUGUUAUAAAAGCAUUCACUUCUCAUGAAUAACACGUUACCUGUUCUUAGUUACACUUAAGUGCAUUCAUGUCUUAGUCUGUCAAACAAUGCUAUGUAAAUGCUCUUGUUUUUUCACAUUGCACCUCGUUUUUCUUGUCAUUGAUGUUCUGUUUAUCAAGUUAAUUUUGUCUCAAACUAUUCCUAUAAUACUUGAUCAUAUAAAAGACCCUCAGCAGAAAAGUCUCUGCUUACUACCUAUUUGAUAUAGUCGUUGGAAUAUAUCACUGUAUUUUAUAGCUCAGACAAAAUAAUGAUACUAUAUCCACAUGUCAUGUGCACUGCAUGAAACAAAGCCACAGGAAUCAUUGUGAUGGCAGGUAUGACUUGGUAUUCCUCCAUAAAGACAGAAAUUAGGUUCAGUAUUGUUGAAUUCGGCCUGGGUUAAUAACUACAGACAAUUAUAAUUUAGUGAGUACCAGCUAACCUGUGCUGUUUUAUGUUGAAAAAUGACUGAAAAAAUACUAGUGUGCUGUAAAUACGCUACGUUUUCUUUUGUAUUUGUUCAUUUUUUGUUGUCUAUCUUUUUCUAUUAAAAGAUAAUAGUUAAAAGAAAA